AUAAUAUGAAUUUUAUAAAUUGUACAUAUGUUCAUAUAUUAUUUGUUAUAAUUUUUUUAUUUAUUUCGAACUCUAGUGCUUCAAAUGGGGAUAGAACACAGUUUUUUCGAAAUUGUCGCCAAAACUGUGAACGACAAAAUUGUUCUGCAGAUGGAAUUGAGCUGCAAGAACAAGCUAUUAAAUACUACAAACAAUCUGUAUUCGACAAAGCAUUGCAAUGGACUUGUGCAGAUGAGUGCCAAUAUGGUUGUAUGUGGCGAACGGUAGACGCUUUUUUAGAUAGAGGCUGGAAUGUACCUCAAUUUUAUGGCAAGUGGCCAUUUAUGCGAUUCUUAGGAUUUCAAGAGCCGGCAUCAGUAUUUUUUUCUAUUUUAAAUUUAGUAGUUCAUUAUCGAAUGUUUCAAAAAUUUAGAAGAGAGGUACGACCUGAUAGUCCAUGUUACAGGCUUUGGCAAGUAUUUUCCCUCGUUUCUCUUAAUGGUUGGGUGUGGUCAAUUGUUUUUCAUGCCAGAGAUUUUCCAUUUACUGAACUUAUGGAUUAUGCAUUUGCCUAUUCUAUUGUAUUGGCUACAUUUGCUUGUAUGGUAUUAAGAAUGUUACAUAAAAAUUCAUUAUUUUUACGAGGACUUCUGACUCUAACCUUCUUGUCUUUCUAUGUUAAUUACUUUGCGUAUUUAAGUGUUAACAAAUUUAGUUAUGCAUUAAAUAUGAAAAUAAACAUAUUAACAGGUAUACUAUCGGCUGGUGGUUGGCUUUCAUGGUGCUUUAUUGUACGAAAAAAAUAUACGCACAACAAAAAAAUAUUAAACUUCUAUGUUCUUCUUGCUUUAUCUAUGACUUUAGAAGUUUUUGAUUUCCCACCAAUUCUGUGGAUAUUUGAUGCACAUGCAUUAUGGCAUUUAGUGACGGCUCCCAUAAUUGUAUUAUUUUACAGUUUUAUUAUAGAUGAUUGCAAAAUAUUGCGAAAAGAAAAAACCAAUAUGUAAAUUUUAUAACAUAUUUACCUAAAAUGUUUUGUAUGUUUCUUGAUCUGUUUUUA